AGGUAAACAUGUCCCUUUGGUUGUACUGUUCUCGGGGCUUUGAGGAUUAUGCCACUUUGUAACUCCACGAUGACAUCAGUGACUAUGAGCCAAGAGACACUACUGAUUGCCUUCAUGCUUCUUUCCAAACUCAUCUGUGGGUCAGGACAGGGUGUCAAACUGUCAGUGAAUGUUCUAGAUGGCGAAGUCAUCGUCCUUUGGAAUAAACCGAGAAACGCCACAUCAGACAUCCUGUACAAUGUACAACUAGCCAAGUUUUCUGGCAAAUUGGACGUGGUUGGCGGCUGCACUGGGAUCACAAGGACCUACUGUGACCUAAGUAGGCUCAUACAUGACUACACGAGUGCCUAUAAGGUCGCAGUUCAGACGGUAGACGGAAACAACACGUCUGAGUGGACGGUGAAGAAAUUCCUACCAAAUGAAAGCAACCUGCAGCCUCCAUCCUUCACCUUGUAUGCUACAUCUAGCACCAUCACAGUCCAUGUUCAUCAAAAACCUGUCCUGAAAAAGCUCUUUCCCUUUGGGGUUACGUACAUCAUGUACUUGGAGGAAAAUGGUCAAGAUGACAAGAAGACCAUAGCAUACCUGACAGAUGGCUUGGAUCAGGGCUCUAAAACCUUCACAUCUCUCCGCUGGGGGGUUGAGUACUGUGUGAGCAUCAUGGUGGAGGGAAACGGCGCUCUAUCCACGAGCGAUUUAUCGCCAAAACAAUGCCUACGACUUCCAGAACAAGAGUGGUUCAUAAUUGCUGUGUCAUCCCUGACGACUUUGGUUAUGCUGGCUGUUCUAUCAGCUGUGGCAAUCUGCCUCCUUUGUCACAUGAAUCGCCCAGCGAAGACGCCUGCUGCACUGAAAUGCAUUGCACGUGACUGGCAGCCACUGAGUGUCGGCGAGGGAACUAUGGAAGUGGUCAUCGACAAAGGCUGGUUCCUGUCCGGCCCCAGAACAGAAGUGAAAACUUUCAAAGAAAUGUCCAACAACCCGGGCGCACUUCACAUUUUGGAGGAAGAUGCUGAAGCGGACAAAGACAGGAGAACCAGCCUGGACAGCGGCGUGAGUCUGGUGUCCACUGAAAGGCCAAGGAGACAGGAGGAUAGCGGUUGCGGGAGCAUGGGAGGACCGGAGUGUUCCAGGGACAACGGGGUAGUUUAUCCCCAACAGAAUGAUACCGACAAGAUGAUGGAGGAUAGCGGGGUGGGACUCCGGUGUAAGUUGGAUUCCUCCUUCUUGACCGCGACAGGAAAAUUGGGGAGUUAUCACAGUCAGAGCCCCGUCCUAAGAAAUCACGUUGGGGACGAGGAAUCUAAACAGAUCCUCCCUGAUGGGGUUUUAGCCGAAGCGGUCUCCGGCUACAGGGCUGUACCUCAGUCGUGCAUAUGCUUUGGUGCAGCUCAGUGCACUUGGUGUCUCGGACUUAUGGCCCACGAGGCUGAAAGCACUCAAAAUCAGAUGCUAGGCAUGAACAACUUUUUCGAUGGUAUGAGACACAGUAAAGCAGCUAUGAGUGACUUGAAAACAAGGGAGGCAUUCCCAUUGCUGACAGCUCUGAGAGAAGAAAUGGACCACAAUAUGAACUCUCUGGGCAUCUCGCUGUGUGACCUUCAGUUGAACACUGACUGAUGAUCCUCUAUGAAAAGCAAAGAGUUGCUGCUUUGGAAUUCAAGUCAUUUUACCUUGAAUGUAUGUGAAUCGGGUAAGUGGAAAAAGUAUGUAGGAAAGACAGCUUGUUGGUAAAACAUUCAGUGCGCGGUGUGAUCAAAUGCCUCACAUCUGCCAAAGGGGAAGUGGGGCGGAAGUGAAACUGUUGGGGGAAAUUAUUUACAUGCUUUGUUUUUUUUUACCUUGUCCAUCGUCCCAUUGCAUUUUUGUUAUUUAUUAUAUUUAACUGUCAAUGUGUCUCUUUUGUCCUUGUAUUAAAUAUUUGUUUAAAUACAAUACAUAUGUAUUUUACACGUUGUACAAUUCAUUUGGUGUAGUGUGAACAUGAUCAUCCGAAGGCUGGUGAGCACCGAGAUUGAUUGACAGAUGGGUCUCAAGUCAGGUUGCUAGCGACCUCAAAUGUGAAAACUCCUCACGACCAGUGUUAAAAUGACAGCAAAAAUACAUACAUAAUGCUAGCUCCACACUCUACAACAGCACUUUUCAAGAACUUUUUGUCAACACUUAAGUGGUAUGAAAAAGUUUGACCACCCCUGGUAAUUUUUAAGAUUUUCCUUUUAUGGUAUCAGUUACAUUUAGCAUAUAGCAGCCGAAAACAGUGAUAGAUGAGACGUGAAAUGAAGUUUAUAGGAUUUACAGUUCAGUGUGCAAUAAUUAUUUAAACAAAAAAGUUGGCAGGUGCCUAAAUUUGGGCACCCUUGUUGUUUUAUUGAUUUCAAUAUCUUUAACACUAAUUAUUGGAACGCAUAAUUUGUUUGGUAAGGUCACUGACCCUUGGCCUACAUACAAGUGAAGCCAAUCACGAGAAAGGGUAUUUAUCUGAAGAGUAGCACCAUGGAAGUCUAAAAAACAUUGUCAAAUGACCUGAAAGCAAAGAUUGUUCAACAUCAUGGUUUAGAGCAGGGGUCUCAAACAUGCGGCCAGGACACUAGUUUGAGGCCCCCACCUUGAUAUGAAAGUUUAAUGUUAGUGCGACCCGCGCAAGUUUGAUAUGGAUGCUGUAUGGUAUCAUGUACCCAGAAAAAAAUAUUACAUUUGAUUAAUGUUCAUGUUAAAGUUUAAAUAACUGUUAAUAGUUAUCCUCCCUAUCCCUGUGGAAGUGGUAAGUUUUUGGCUUUUUAAGUUUAA